AUGGUUGAACAACAACAUGCAAGGAAGCCUGCGUUCAAUGAGAGAUACUAUAUUUGUCGUGGUACAGGGAAGUUUUAUAGUAACUUCAACAUCACCGCAAAGUAUAAUAAAACAAUCAGCAAAAGCCACUUGUCAAUCGCAUUGAGGUCUCUUAUUAUGAGCAAUAGUUGGUUCGCCCAGAACUUUUUCAAGAUUAAAGGGACCGAUAGUAGGAAGGAGAACUUUCACAAUUGGACAGUACAGAUCAUUGACAAGAUCUUAUUCGAUGAUGUGGUUACGUUUGAAAAAAUCGACAAGUUUGAUGAAAGCACUCUUGAAUACCUCAAUGGGCUAACAUUGGAAAUGGACGUACAAAUGCCAUUGUGGAGAAUUAUGGUGUUUGAAGUAAAAAAUGAGGGCCAAUUGUUGACUGUUUAUGUAGACCACUCACAAUUUGAUGGGUUAUCGGCUGUUCAAUUCCAAAAAGAUUUGGCAAGUGAGUUGGCUAGAGUAAUCGAUGACGGACAGGUGAAAAACGUCUUGUUUGACUAUGCCUCAGAUUUCAACCAGUUACCAUCUAAACUAAUCCCGGCAGCGGAAAUCGUUACUGACUUGUACAUUCCAAACUCCAAGCGUGUCGUGCAUCAUUACUUGGAGCAGUAUCUUCCAUUGUAUUCUAAAGUUUCGAAUUGGCUAUAUUCAUCAGGAGCGGAGAACCCAUUGUUUCAAAACCCAAAGCCGGUUGCAAAAGAUUUGACUUCAAAGUACAAGAUAAUGAAGUUUGAUGCAGUGAAAGUUGAUGAAAUCACUAAAUUCUGUAGGACUAAAGGGGUUACUUUGACUGGCUACUUUGAUGUUUAUUUUAUCAAGGCUUUACAAGAAACAAUUUUCAAAGCCAUUGACCCGAAAACGAAAUUUAGAACAAAUUCGUACGUUGCAAUCAAUGGACGCAGAUACUACAACGACGAUAUUAAAAAUUUCAAGUACGGAACAAUGGUAUGCGGUGACCCCAUUAUCUUGGAACCAAUUGAUGACCCAUUGGAAGCUAUGCUCACUUUCCAUCAACAACUUCAAGUGGAUAUAGGAUCCAAAUAUGCAUUCAAAACUAUUGGAAUGUUGCAAUAUACUGAUCUUUGGAAUUUUUUCAACAACAAAAUUGGCAAGAUUGGUGGGGGGCGUCCUACUGUUACUAUAUCUAACCUUGGGAAAGUUGCUGACUCCAAUGAUUCAUAUCGAUUCAAAGAGAUGUACUUUGGGGCGAAUGCGGGAGUUAUGUACAACUUUGUAUUAAAUAUGACUACGGUGUCUACUAAUGAGGUGACUGCUGUGAUUGCCUACUUGCCUGAAUUUGCAAAAUACACAUUAGGUGGCAGGAAUUCAAUUGAUGAGUUUUUAGAUUUAUUUAGAUCGUAUAUUGAGAAUGGUACAAAAUAA